AUGGGCAGCCGGGAGGUGCUGGGUCAAGCGGCCCGCCUGGCCUCCUCCGGUCUGCUCCUGCAGGUGUUGUUUCGAUUGAUCACCUUUGUCUUGAAUGCAUUUAUUCUUCGCUUCCUGUCAAAGGAAAUCGUUGGCAUAGUGAAUGUCAGGCUAACACUGCUUUACUCGACCACCAUCUUCCUGGCCAGAGAGGCCUUCCGUAGAGCAUGUCUGAGUGGGGGCGCCCAGCAAGACUGGAGCCAGACCUUCAACCUCUUGUGGCUAACAGUCCCCGUGGGUGUGUUUUGGUCCUUGCUCCUGGGCUGGGUGUGGUUACAUUUGCUUGAAGUGCCUGAUCCUAAUGUCGUCCCCCACUAUGGAACUGGAGUGGUGGUGUUUGGCCUUUCGGCCGUGGUAGAGCUUCUGGGAGAGCCCUUCUGGGUCUUGGCACAAGCACAGAUGUUUGUCAAACUCAAGGUGAUUGCCGAGAGCCUGUCAGUCAUCCUCAAGAGUGUCCUGACAGCUUUUUUUGUGCUAUGGUUGCCUCACUGGGGGCUCUACAUAUUCUCUUUGGCCCAGCUUUUGUAUACUGCAGUUCUGGUGCUCUGCUAUGUUACUUAUUUCACAAAGUUAUUGGGCUCCUCAGAAUCAACCAAGCAACAGACUCUUCCUGUCUCCAGAAUAACAGAUCUGUUACCCAAUAUCACAAGAAGUAGAGCUUUUGUAAAUUGGAAAGAGGCUAAAUUGACUUGGAGUUUUUUCAAACAGUCUUUCUUGAAGCAGAUUUUGACAGAAGGCGAGCGAUACGUAAUGACGUUUUUGAACGUGUUAAAUUUUGGCGAUCAGGGUGUAUACGAUGUAGUGAAUAAUCUUGGCUCUCUUGUGGCCAGGUUAAUUUUCCAGCCAAUAGAGGAGAGUUUUUAUAUAUUCUUUGCUAAGGUGCUGGAGAGAGGAAAGGAUGCCACACUUCAGAAGCAGGAGGACAUUGCCAUGGCCGCUGUGGUUUUGGAGUCACUGCUCAAGCUGGCCCUGCUGACCGGCCUAACCAUCACCAUUUUUGGCUUUGCCUAUUCUCAGCUGGCUUUGGAUAUCUAUGGAGGGGCCAUGCUUAGCUCUGGAUCAGGUCCUGUUUUGCUGCGUUCCUACUGUCUCUACGUCCUCCUGCUUGCCAUCAACGGAGUGACCGAGUGUUUCACAUUUGCUGCCAUGAGCAAAGAGGAGGUCGACAGGUACAAUUUCACAAUGCUGGCCCUCUCGUCUUCAUUCCUGGUGUUAUCCUACCUCCUGACUCGAUGGUGCGGCAGCGUGGGCUUCAUCUUGGCCAACUGCUUUAACAUGGGCAUUCGCAUCACACAGAGCCUUUGCUUCAUCCACCGCUACUAUGAAAGGAGCCCGCACAGGCCCCUGGCGGGCCUGUACCUAUCACCCGCCCUCCUCGGGGCAUUCGCCCUCAGUGGCGGGAUUACUGGUGUUUCCGAGGUGUUCCUCUGCUGUGAGCAGGGCUGGCCAGCCAGGCUGGCGCACGUCGCCGUGGGGGCCUUCUGUUUGGGAAUGACUCUUGGGACAGCGUUCCUCACGGAGACCAAGCUGAUCCGUUUUGUGAGGACUCAGUUAGGUGUGUCCAGACUGGCUGACAAAACCUCGUGACCUCAGAGGCAUUGGCACCUGUGGCACGUGGACCAGCUGUGGGGCGGGUUUGUGGGCGGAUCGCAUGAGCUGUGCAGGAGAGCCCUGCUGAGGGGUCUGCAGCGGGGGAGGACCGACGCCGGCAGGCGAGACGUCGGAGAGAACCGCCAGCCCAAACACCAUCCCUUUGAAGCCUCAAACAAACAGGAAGGAGGAGUUCCACUUUUAAGGGAAGACCAAAAGCUCUUUUAAAAUAGAUACCUUAUUUUUGUCACCAUUUUGUUCUCAUCAACAUUUUUCUUUUUGGUUAAUGUGUUCCUUUUGGGCGUGAUUGACCUAAGGAGCUCCGUAAGCCAACCAACUAUAUCUUGGAUGAAAUAGUUAACAAUGAUCUGGCCCAGAAAGAGAGAUGUAGCCAUAUUACAUGUCGCAGGAACAUGUCACUUACUCUGUAAAAGCAGGAAGGAGACCUGAUGUUGUGCACCGGAUGAGACCAGAGGUGGCCCGGGAGUUGUGGCUUCUCCCAUGCAAACACUGUGGUUGGGGUUUUUAGAGAGGGAACGACAUUUCUCAAUGAGAAGUCCAGGAAAUGGAAAUGCGGAGUCUUGUGGGUCACAUUUCCCAGAGUUAGCUGGGGGGAGUCACACCCCUCAUCGUCAUUGCUGCAUGCCCCGGACCACCUUCCCAGUGCCAAUGCAGGCUGGUGUGAGACCGCUGGCCCAGCCACCUGAACAAGAAGGCUCUGAAGGAAGCAGCGAUCCAGUGUGAGCUAACUUGGCCCCCGAAGGGAACGGUGCUCAUGUGAAGAUUGCACAGAUGGCAGCCCACAGUGAAGUGAUGUACAAUUUCCCUUCAGAAUAAAAUGGGGUAUGUGCUUAAGGCAAGCCCUUCCCACCGACCCGUUGCUUCCAGCGCUGGUCAGUAACCCCGAAU